GUACGAGGAACCGGGAUACCCUUCUGAUGUCGUAGGCCGCCAUCGAAUUAAACUCCACCCUUCUUAUCCUGAUCGACCGAGGCGCCCCGAGUUUCCUGGUCUCUGGAAUCGGAAACGAUGCCGGGAAUCGGACCCUUUUACGAGCCAUCGUGCUCCCAGUUACUCGACUAUUCGUUACACCACCUACCUUUCAUCGUCAAUUUGCCUACCGAGGAAACACCUUCGACCCGGCUUCGUUUCCUUCCACCUGCUGUAUCCAUCUCGGCUCGAUGACUAUGCGGGAUAAAAUACAAGUGUACUCGUUCGUGGAGAAAGUGCCGUAGGUCGAUUCUUCGAACCAUGGAUGGAAAUUUGACGAACGUUUGGACGGGGAACCUGACUGCCAUGCUGCAUCAGCUACCCUGUAACGACAGCUUAAUUAGUUGCAUGGAUCAAUGCGCGAUCGACUUGGACUUUGAUCAUCUGUGCACCAUCGACAAGGUCACCCUUUCAUCCUCGAUGACCCUGUUGUGCAGACCGUGCGAUUAUUCCGAUUGCGACGUGAAUGUUUCAUUGGUGGUCGGUGGUUUGGAGAGCAUCGAGGGGUUGUUCUUGUCGAGGAUACCGAGGUUCAGGGAAUGCAACGGGACGAAUCUGGAAGAUCAGAUCCUCGAGUGCACUCCGUCGGAGAACUCGACGACGGAGGAUCUCUCGGUCUCCUGCACCCAUCGCUCGAAAUGGAGUUCGACAAAUAAGAGUCGCCGUUUCGACUGGGGCUUCCUGUUCGUCGCGGUGUUCAUCGUGGCAGGUGGUUUGGGGAAUAUCCUCGUCUGCCUGGCCGUAGGUCUGGACAGAAGAUUGCACAACGUUACCAAUUACUUCCUUCUGUCGUUGGCUGUUGCUGAUCUGCUCGUCAGCCUGUUCGUGAUGCCUCUGGGCGCGAUACCGGGAUUCUUAGGGUACUGGCCAUUCGGGGUGCUUUGGUGCAACGUUUACGUGACCUGCGACGUGUUGGCGUGUUCAGCGAGCAUCAUGCACAUGUGUUUCAUCUCGCUGGGUCGUUAUUUGGGCAUCCGGAACCCGCUGAGAACACGGCACACCUCGACGAAACGAAUGGUCGGUUUCAAGAUCGCGGCUGUUUGGCUGCUCGCCAUGUUGGUCUCCAGUUCCAUUACGGUAUUAGGUAUAAUCAAUCCGUUGAAUAUAAUGCCACGACCUGGUACGUGCGUGAUCAACAACAGAGCUUUCUUCGUGUUCGGUUCCCUGAUCGCCUUCUACAUCCCCAUGAUCGUGAUGGUAGCCACGUAUGUGCUGACGGUGCAACUUUUGCGACAGAAAGCUCGUUUCGUCGCCGAACACCCUGAAAGAGAUCAAUUCCGAAGACUAGGUGGUAGAUACUCCUCGACCAAGACGUCGACAACCGGAACCACUACUACAGCCUCGUUAUCCACUCGACACGCGUGGAGAACUUCCGGUACCGGUCUUGGAAGCGAAAGAUGCAAGGGUGCAAGAACGGGCAAGCAGCAACCGCAGUUGAAUUUCACUGUGAACGGGGCGGGCAGCCCGACCGGAAGCACCGUCGGGACGAAACAGGGCUCGAAAGUGGAUCAGGCCACUCAAACGCCGGAGAACAUUGCCCGGGAAACAAGAAACUUCACUCUAAGAGCUUUGAAGCUGCAAUUGAACGUCACGCCUACCACCCUCAAUCUCAGGUUUCUGGCUGGGAGAACCAAGAGAAGAUCCAUGGCCGCGAAUGCUGUGGCCACGGAACAGAAAGCUAGUAAAGUUUUGGGUUUGGUUUUCUUCACGUUCGUCUUGUGUUGGGCGCCGUUCUUCCUUUUGAACAUCUUCUUCGCCGCUUGUCCCGAGUGCUCGGUGCCGGUCCACGUGGUCGACACGUGUCUCUGGCUCGGUUACGUGUCAUCCACCAUCAAUCCAGUCAUUUACACCAUCUUUAACAAGACCUUCAGAGCUGCGUUUAUUCGAUUGCUGAAAUGCAAGUGUUCCAGAUCAGCAAGACCGACUAGAUAUCGUUCGGUGACAGAAGGUGGCCGCAACACUAUGAGUCUGUGCACGCCAACAGCGCUUCCACUGGCCAUUAGUCUUCAGGGUACGCCGUUGUUGACCCCGACGUCGAAUCCUUCGGCUACACCGGCUUCAGGAAGCUCGUACAUGACGAUGAUGCAUCGCACACCCAGCUCCCUAUACCGUGACACCUUCCAUCAAGUCGAGCAUGAUCAGAAUUGUUGAAGAGUCCUCAGCUCCUGUGAACAAACAUUACUGAAGUAUUAGUUAUGGAGAAAUAUAAAUGAACAUAUUCCUGGUUCAAUGUUAAAUUUGGUUUUGGUAGUCGUGCAAACGUGUGGCUACUUUUAAAUAGAAAAAAAGUGAAGAGAUGUUGGAGUAAUGGUAAUUGUAAUAAGCGUACUGUUUCUGUUCUUCCCAGCAAAAAAAGAAAACACCUGUAGUCCCGAAUUGCAGAGAGAAAAUUUUUAUAGUUUAAUGAACUAUAAACCAAAGAUUAUUAUUAAGUCGAAACCACGAUCCUGUAGCAAAGUGACUGUUAUAAAAAAGAAGAAACUUAGACGUAAAAGUUUGCGAUUGCAUGAAAUAAAAACCAAAGAAUAGCGGAUACUAUUUCCCAUCGUGAAAUCAUGUUGAACUUUCCUCGCUAACCAUCCGAAAUGUACUAUUGUCUGUGAUAUCGACGAAACAAUCCCCUGCGUUUAUUAACGAUUGUCUGUCAUGGUGUAAAUUAUUAAACAAUCAUACAACAUUAUACAGAAAAAUGAUACACGUUGAUACAUACAGUAUAUGAAAUAAAAUAGUAAUUUAAAGAUAUAAUUGCAAACAAUGGCCUAUUCCUAUCCC